AUGAGUACUAUUUGUGAUGAACAACAAAACCACAAGUUUCAUUCUUCUUACCAACCUCUCUCUCCCAAAAAACCUCUUAGAGAAAUCGAUAUCCCUCCAAGAAAACUCCUCACCCGCCGCACGACUGCCGCCGACAUGUUCUCCGAUGACACCAUCCUUCAAAAAUAUCUCCCUCACAAUGACUCCGACUCAGAUUCCGAUGAUCCUUACUCUUCCGACCAUUUUCGUAUGUACGAAUUCAAAGUCCGGAGAUGCACUCGCAGCCGAAGCCACGACUGGACUGACUGUCCAUUUGCACACCCUGGAGAAAAAGCACGCCGUCGCGAUCCACGGCGGUUUCAUUACUCGGGGACUGUCUGUCCUGAUUAUCGCCGUGGUGGCUGUAACCGCGGUGAUUCUUGUGAGUUUGCUCACGGUGUUUUUGAAUGCUGGCUUCAUCCUGCUAGAUACAGAACAGAAGCUUGCAAAGAUGGGAAAAACUGUAAGAGAAAAGUUUGUUUUUUCGCACACACUCCUCGUCAGUUAAGAAUCCUUCCGGUAACUUCUUCUUCUUCGAAUUCAAAUGAACAAUUCUCAUGCAACAAGAAAAAUAACAAGCUUUUAAAUAACCAUGUUUCAUCAAAAUCAAACCAUGGUUGUUUGUUUUGUCGCUGUGGAGGUAAUGCUAAUGCUAAUAAUUCUCCAACUUCAACUCUUUUUGGUAUGUCUCAUUUCUCGCCGCCGGCGUCUCCUCCUGUAUCUCCGAUGAAGCCGCGAAAUGGCGUUUCAUCUCUCUCACGCUAUGGUUCAUUGGUUGAUAGUAAUAAUCUUCGUUAUAGAGACAUGCUUAUUGAACUUUUGGGCUCUUUUGAAGGAUUGAAUUUCAAUGACGGUUCAUCUUCUUCUUCCGUUGUUUCUGGUUUACAGAACCAGAACAACACAGGUUAUUUUAAUGUUCCUGUUAACUCCGAGGAACAGAUUCAGAAACAGCAUUUCAAUAUUCUUUCACCUUCGAUUCAACAGAGUUUGACACCGGUUAGUUUCAAUGAAGGUGACAAUAACAUAAACAACAACAUGGUGUUUUUGGGAGAUAACGAGAAUAAUAAGGUUCUUGUCGGGGGUGAUGUUCCUGAUCUGGGUUGGGUUAAUGACCUUCUGAUGUAG